AAAAAAAACACCUCUGCCGGUAGUAUUCAAGAGCCCUCACAAUCCUAACAAUUCCCAACCCUCACAAAUGGCGAUCGCUAAUUUACAAAGAUUAGCCUCCCAAAUCGUCCGAAACCCGUCUCUUUCCUCCACCUUCAGAACCUCAAUCACUCGCUCUUCCGCCACGUCAUCAUCCCCCUCCCGCUCCGCCUCCGCCAAAGUCGCUGAUCGGAUCGUCAAGCUCUCCGCCGUGGACCCAGACGGCCACAAACGCGAAAUUAUCGGGCUGUCGGGUCAAACACUACUCAAAGCCCUAACGAAUCACGGGUUGAUUGACCCGGAUUCGCACCGGCUCGAAGAUAUCGACGCUUGUUCAGCUGAAUGUGAGGUUCACAUUGCUCAGGAAUGGCUCGAGAAGCUUCCACCGGCCACGUAUGACGAGCAGUAUGUACUGAAGAGGAAUUCUAGGGCUAGGGUUUUGAAUAAGCAUUCGAGGCUUGGUUGUCAGGUUGUGCUUUCGCCCGAGCUUCAAGGUAUGGUUGUUGCUAUUCCUGAACCUAAGCCUUGGGAUAUUCCGUAAGUAAAGUUGCACUGGAAAUUUCUGUAAGGUUUCGAGCAAUGAGAUUUUAGUGUUUUCAGAUAAUAAUUUGCGGAGCGUUAAUUUUCGGUUUGACAUCUGGUGAACAUGUUUUGGAUAUUUUGUGUGACAUGAUGUGUAAGGUUUUGAGCAAUGAAAUUUUAGUGUUAUGAGAUAAUAAUUUGCGGAACAUUAUGGUACUUGAUAAUGUUUUGAAUAUUUCGUGUGACACGACAUGUCAACAUUGUCUGAAGGUUAGCAACUUUGGUUGCCUGAAAUUAAUGUAUUUCAGUUCCUGUUGGAUUUUUCUUUA